CCGCCGCCGCCUGUCACGUGGUGGGGGCGCGGAGCGGCUUCAGCGGCCGCCAUGUUGUGCGGCCCCGGGCCGGGCCGGGGAUGGCGGGGGCCGGCAGCAACUGGCUCUCCGGGGUCAACGUGGUGCUGGUGAUGGCCUACGGCAGCUUGGUCUUUGUGCUGCUGUUCAUCUUCGUGAAACGCCAGAUCAUGCGCUUCGCCAUGAAGUCCCGCCGCGGCCCCCACGUGCCUGUUGGACAGCACGCGCCCAAGGAUUUAAAGGAAGAAAUCGACAUUCGACUGUCGAGGGUGCAAGACAUCAAGUACGAGCCCCGGCUGUUAGCUGAGGAUGACAGCAGGCUUCUGCAGCUGGAGACACAAGGCUGCUAUAACUACCUGUACAGGAUGAAGGCGCUGGAUGCGAUCAGAACAUCUGAAAUCCCAUUUCACGCAGAGGGCCGGUACCCAAAGUCUUUAAUAGGGAAGAACUUCUGUGCCUACCUGCUGGAACUGCGGAAUUCCAGCGCCUCCUUCAAAGGCAUCCGCAAAGCCUUGAUCGACACCUUGCUGGAUGGGUAUGAGAGCGCCCGCUACGGCACUGGGGUCUUUGGGAAACCCGAAUAUCUUAAGUACCAGGAUGCUCUGAACGAGCUGGCGAACAUUCUGUGUUCCUGCUUGCACUCGCUGCUUUGAGCCCACCUUGUGUGGGCUCCAGGCCUGGCGCCCGCAGAAGCACCGGCCUCGGUUUUCAAAACCACAGCAAGCGGCUGUUGUCCCGAGGGUGGAUCUGCCUCGCGUCAGACAGACGGACGUGACGGUGGAGCAGCUCCUCUGGGGAUGGCGGCAGCUGUGAUGGUGCCUCUCCUUCCUCUCCCUGCAGGACCAAGGCCCGGGGAGGCAGCAGCCAGCGGCAGCACCAGUCGGCAGCGAAGGACCUCACCCUCUCCCCCGAAAUCUCCAACCCCGCCACCAUCCAGGUCACCUACCUGCCUUCUAACCAGAAGAGCAAACGUGCCAAACACUUCCUGGAGCUGAAGAGCUUCAAGGACAACUACAACACGUUGGAGAGCACCCUGUGAGCCGUGCAGGGAGCACCGCUCUGGGGACCUGCCACAAGCAGAGCCCCUUGCUGGGUGCAGCUGGUGUCCUGGGGGGGGAUUUGGCCGCAGUUUGGCGUGCAGGCAGCGUUGGGAGGAAGCAGCUGCGCUCUCGGGUCUCCCUCUUGCACGACGUUGGAGAUCAUCGCUCGGCAGAGGCUCCGUUUCGGCUGGUGGAGCUCGGCCCUCGCACAGGAGCCCGUUUCGAAGCAGCGUGCCCGCCUGCUGAACCCGGAGGGGAUCGGCCCGUGUCGCCUCCUCCGUGGCAAGCUUGGGACACGCUUCAGGCUUGAGGCUUUGAGCCCGGCAAUGUCUUGGAGCCCUGGCCUUGUGAAUAAACUGAUUAGCUUUAGCUUAUUUAUAAGUAAGACAUCGAUCCCAGCCAGUGCUCUCCUCCACCUGUCCUCUUUCCCUGUGACGGCUGGUGGGGGCUGAUGCGUCUAUCCAUCCUGUCUGUCUGAGUCUCGGGCUCUGGAGCCGCUUGUCCGUUCUUUCCAAAGGGUGAAUGCUCUUCUUUUCUCUGCGGCACCGUCGCUGCCUGCUGCUCUCAGCCAGGCGUACCCAGCCUGCCUCUGCACCUGGGCUGUGCACAAGGGUGUCCUGGACGGCAUGUAAAUAGUUUGGUGGCCAGUUCUCAGCCACCGUGGCUGAGGUGCCUCUUUGGGCUGCGGUUUCUACUCUUUUUUUUUUUUCUUUUCCUGCAACUGGGCAUUUGGGGACGUCUCAGGCAGACAAAUACCAGCUUCAAACGUCUUGUCUGUCCUGCCAAGGGGGUGUUUUCUCCUACUCUCACCAGCGCCUCGUGUGCCAGCGGCUGCCGAGCCCCCCGUGGGCGAAAGCUCCCGGCCCCCAACUUGAUGUCUGCGUCCUGCCAGGCCAACGGCAGCACCCGCUGCUCACCAGUCACCACCGCAACGUGUGCCGCAUGGGGCGGGGGCCCCUGCCCCUCGCCUGGGCCUCUGCACUCUUUUUAAUUGCUGUUUAAUAAAAUGACAGUUACCCCGAG